GCUCCCAGUGCGCGUAACGUGGUCGCGGCGCGGGGUUUUCGAUCAGCCGCAGCCAGGUUCGUGUUCCGCUCGCCAGAAACCCGGGCAGCAGGAAUAUCGCUUAAAAAUCUCUCUCUUGUGUAGUCAGUUCUGCGUUUUUAACGUUUCAAGUUUUCCACACGAAAAUCUACAUUGUGUGUCACCGAGCAGAAUGCCGUGACAAGUGUUUUCAGUGUUGUUUGAGGAGGCGCAGUGGUUUACGAAGCGCCGGCGUAUCGUCGAACCUACAGGGUCUCGUGUUCGUUACCCGCUGAUGUGACAGGGAGAACGAGCCUUGCAUCAUGGAGCAAAAAGUCUGGGUGUCCGAUCAAGCGGAGGGUUUCAUCUUGGGGAAAAUUAUCGACAUCGGCCUCGAUGAAGUCACAGUCCAGCCUUUUGAUUCAAGAAAACCCAAGACCACAUGUAGUCUGGAUCGUGUCUACACUGCUGAGGAACAUGAAGAUAGAGAUGUUAAUGAUAAUUGUGCUCUAAUGCAUUUGAAUGAAGCAACAUUGUUAAAUAAUAUACGAUUGCGAUACAUGAAAGAUAAAAUUUAUACUUAUGUUGCAAAUAUUUUGAUCGCUGUCAAUCCUUAUUUUGAAAUCAAGGACCUUUAUACCUCAAAAACAAUCAAACAGUAUCAAGGGAAGUCCCUUGGAGUGCUUCCCCCUCAUGUCUUUGCAAUCGCCGACAAAGCUUUUAGGGACAUGAAAGUCUUGAAACAGUCCCAAUCGAUCAUUGUCUCUGGAGAGUCAGGUGCUGGCAAAACUGAGUCUACAAAAUACUUGCUACGCUACCUAUGUGACUUAUGGGGUUCGUCUGCUGGUCCAAUUGAGCAGAAAAUUUUGGAUGCAAAUCCUGUUUUGGAAGCUUUUGGCAAUGCUAAAACAACCCGUAACAAUAACUCCUCACGAUUCGGCAAAUUCAUGGAAGUUCACUUUGAUGGAAAAUGUGCUGUUGUUGGGGGUCAUAUCUCUCACUAUUUGUUAGAAAAAUCUCGGCUAGUGACUCAAAGUCCUGCUGAGAGAAACUAUCAUAUUUUUUAUUUGUUGUGUGCUGGAGCACCCAGCAAUCUACGAGCCAAGCUCAACCUUACAAAACCAGACGAUUACUAUUAUCUGAAAAAUGGGUGCACGCAAUACUUUACCGACUCGAAAACUGAGAAAACGUUGAAUAGUAAUCAGAAAAGUUCCUCACAUUGCAGCAAAGGUCCUUUGAAGGAUCCCAUGUUAGAUGACGUCAAGGAUUUCAUCAAUAUGGAUCAGGCCCUCAAUAGGCUUGGUUUAGAUGAAGCAUCACGCAAUGAAAUCUACACUGUGGUAGCAGCUGUAUUGCACUUGGGUAAUGUGGCUUUUGAAGAAAACCUCGAGGGGAGCAAAGGAGGCUCCCAGGUCUGCGCUCAUUCCGAGGCAGCCUUGUCUGCUGCUGCUAAACUUUUGGCUGUUGAUCCUGAAGAAUUAAGACAGGCUCUUGUGACCAAAGUCAUGAUGACAAAUCGAGGUGGACUGAAAGGCACCGUAAUUCUAGUUCCUCUUAAAGUGUACGAAGCCAAUAAUGCCAGGGAUGCCUUGGCAAAGGCUAUUUACAGCAAAUUAUUUGAUAAUAUUGUACUGCGUAUUAAUAAGAGCAUUCCAUUUAAGGCAUCAAGUUAUUACAUCGGUGUCCUUGAUAUUGCUGGUUUUGAAUAUUUUACAGUAAAUAGUUUUGAACAGUUUUGCAUUAAUUACUGUAAUGAAAAACUGCAGCAAUUUUUCAACGAGAGAAUUCUGAAGGAUGAACAAAAUUUGUAUGAACGGGAAGGACUCCAAGUGAAGAAAAUUGCAUUUGUUGAUAAUCAGGAUUGCAUAGAUUUAAUUGAAGCAAAGGGAGUUGGCAUUUUUAGUUUAUUAGACGAAGAAUCAAAACUACCGAAGCAAAGUCCGGAACAUUUCACUGGUGAGGUGCAUCAGCAAUGGAAAAAUCAUUUCCGGCUGGCCCUUCCACGUACGUCUCGCCUGAAAGCUCAUCGAGAAAUCAGAGAUACCGAAGGCUUUCUAAUCAGGCAUUUUGCAGGAGCUGUUUGUUACCAUACUGAUCAGUUUCUGGAGAAAAAUAAUGAUGCACUCCACGCAAGUUUAGAGGCUUUGAUUCAAGAAAGCAACAAUAAGUUUCUUCAGAGCCUAUUCAGUGGCAAUGAUUCUAGUGCCAGUUUGAAUAAAGGAAAACUAGCUUUCAUCAGUGUUGGCUCGAAAUUUAAGACACAAUUAGGAGAACUCAUGGAUAAAUUGAAAAGCACGGGUACAAGUUUUGUCAGGUGUAUAAAACCUAAUCAACGAAUGGUGGAUCAUGAGUUUGAAGGAGGAUCUAUUUUAUCGCAACUCCAAUGUAGCGGAAUGACGAGUGUCCUGGAAUUGAUGCAGCAAGGUUUUCCCUCUCGAGCCCACUUCAAUGAGUUGUAUAAUAUGUACCAGAAAUUCCUUCCAAAGCAGUUGAAAAAUUUGGAUCCUAGGUUAUUCUGUAAGGCUCUUUUCCGAGCUCUAGGCAUGAGCGAAACAGACUACCGAUUUGGUGUCUCCAAAGUUUUCUUCAGGCCCGGGAAAUUUGCUGAGUUCGAUGCAAUCAUGCGAUCAGACCCAGAAAAUCUAGCUGCUAUGGUUGAGAAAGUGAAGAAAUGGCUGUUGGCAUCUCGGUGGAAGAAGGCCCAGUGGUGUGCUUUGUCCGUCAUUAAAUUGAAAAACAAAAUUCUGUAUCGUCAAAGUUGUCAUAUUACCAUACAGAAGAACAUUCGAAUGUAUUUAGCAAAGAAAAGGCAUCGGCCUCGUUAUAGAGGUAUAAUGAAAAUUAAUAGCUUACAGUCAAUGCUUGGAAGAAUGGAAGCUCUUGUUCAACAAUUGAAAAAGGAUGAUGGAAGUAUGAAAGAAGUUAAAAACUUACAAAUGGAUAUGAGAAAUGCUGUGAAUAAAAUUAAGACCAAUCCUGGGAUCAAACCUGAAGAAAUUGCUGCCUUGCACACAAAUUUGAUGAAUAAAUCGAACAGUCUAAUGGGACAGUUGCAAAACAAACUUACUGCACAAAAAAGCGCUGAUGAACAACAGCGGUUGCGGAAGAUUCAACAGGAAAUGGACAUGGAGAAAAGAAGGAAUGAGGAGGAAGAGAAAAGAAAGGUAGAAGAAGAAGCUAGCAAAAAAAUGAAAAUAGAAAUGGAGCAUAGGAGGAAGGUAGAGGAAGAGGAGCAAAGAAGAAUGGAUGAUCUAGACGAAAAAACUGUAGUUGCUAUCCAGGCUGAACUGGAGAAAGAUGCAGCUCGUAGGCGAGAACAAAUAGAGCAAGAGCGCCGAGAUCAUGAAUUAGCCUUACGAUUAGCAGCAGAAAGCAAUGGUAUUAUAGAUGACAUAUCUCCACCACAAGCAAGGUUACUAGAUGGCCGAAUCUCAAAUUCAGCUUCAUUAAAUCAGCUCAACAGAGCUGAUGCUUUGAGGUCUCAAUUGAAUAGUAAUUCCAAGUAUGAUUUAUCAAAGUGGAAGUACUCUGAGCUACGUGAUACUAUAAAUACAUCUUGUGAUAUCGAACUAUUGGAGGCUUGCCGAAUCGAAUUUCACCGCCGGUUAAAAGUGUACCAUGCAUGGAAAGCCAAGAAUCGAAGGCGCACAACAAUGGAUGAAAAUGAACGUGCUCCCAGAUCAGUAAUGGAUGCAGCAAGCAAAGUGCCCCGAACUCAAGCGAAAGCUAUUACCACUCAAAGUUCGCAGCGCUACUUCCGCAUUCCAUUUAUUCGACCAGCCAACCAAAAUAACGGUGCAGUUCUCGAUAGUAAUAAGAGAGGGUGGUGGUAUGCACAUUUUGAUGGUCAGUACGUUGCACGUCAGAUGGAGUUGCAUCCGGACAAACCUCCAAUUCUUCUCAUUGCAGGUAUGGAUGACAUGCAGAUGUGUGAGCUCAGCCUAGAAGAGACCGGAUUAACGAGGAAAAGAGGAGCUGAAAUCUUAGAAAAUGAAUUCAAUAAGGAGUGGGAACGGCAUGGAGGCAAGCCAUACAUUCGACCUGCAGAUCGCACAAAAAAAAUAUAAUCAAACGUAAGAGGAGCACUGUUCUAUGUUGAUAAAGCCGGUAUUUUUUGGAUACUUUAAAAGAAUCCAUUUUUUGUACAGGAAACCACAGUUUAGUCUUUUAAAAUGUAAAGGUUAAUUAUGACUGGCUGUCAACUUUCAACCGGAUGCAUGAUUAAUUUAUGACUUGUGGUUAACUAUUCUGCCUACCUGGUUGACUCUAAAGGAAAUCUAUCUUUAAAAGAUGCCGUUUUAAAGUUAUGCACUCGACUUCUCACAGAUUCUAGCACUUCUUCUCACCUAUUAUACUCUUUAACAGUCAUGGAGCAUUUAAAAAAGAGCUGUCCGCAUUAUAUCAUUGUGAUUAUUAUCAUUAAAGGGGAUUUGGAAACCUCAGUGGAGGCAGUUUUUCAUGAUUUCUAUUUUUAAAUGAAUCAUAAAUGUAGCACUUAUAACAUUACGAGUA